ACAAACCAGAGAGCAAGAAACCCCACCUGACUUUUUUUAUUUCUCAGACUAUGAAAGACAUAAUGCAGAAAUAGCAGCAUUUCAUUUGGACAGGAUCCUGGAUUUCCGUCGCGUGCCACCAGUUGCAGGUAGACUGGUUAACAUGACGAGGGAAAUACGAGAUGUUACUCGUGACAAGAAACUGUGGAGAACGUUUUUCAUCUCACCAGCCAACAACAUCUGCUUCUACGGGGAAUGCUCCUACUACUGCUCAACUGAGCACGCUCUGUGUGGAAAACCAGAUCAGAUUGAAGGGUCUCUGGCUGCUUUCCUACCUGAUUUGUCUUUAGCUAAAAGAAAAACCUGGAGAAACCCUUGGAGACGUUCCUACCACAAGCGCAAGAAAGCAGAAUGGGAAGUUGAUCCAGAUUAUUGUGAAGAGGUUAAACAAACACCCCCAUAUGACAGUGGGACCAGAAUUCUGGAUAUAAUGGAUAUGACGGUUUUUGAUUUCCUAAUGGGUAAUAUGGAUCGACAUCACUACGAAACCUUUGAGAAGUUUGGAAAUGAAACAUUUAUUAUCCACUUAGAUAAUGGAAGAGGGUUUGGAAAAUAUUCCCACGACGAACUUUCCAUAUUGGUGCCUUUAAACCAGUGCUGCAGAAUAAGGAAGUCUACCUAUCUGCGAUUACAGUUGUUAGCCAAGGAGGAAUACAAACUCAGCCUCCUGAUGAAGGAAUCUUUACUAAAAGAUAAAAUAGCUCCCAUUCUCUACCAGCCUCACUUGGAGGCCAUGGACAGGCGGCUGCGGAUUGUCCUCAAGGCUGUUAGUGACUGUAUAGAAAAGGAUGGUUAUGACAAUGUGGUUGAAAAUGACUUUAACACUGAUGUUAACACUGUUACGACCGAGAGGUAGUGAAAUCGCAAGACUACGUUUUUACCAGCCAAGUAAAGAAGAUUCAAAGAGGGGGAAAAAAAAAAAAA